AGCCCGGCGAGGGGCUAGAGAAAGAGGACAAGGAGGAAGGGCGGCCUCACCGAGGACCCGGCAAUGGCGCUCGACUUUCUGGCUGGAUGCGCUGGGGCACCUGCCCCUGUUGUCUUUAAUAAAGCUCUCAGCUACCUGCCAGCCGUGGGCACCCUGGAGGAAGAGGAGAGCGUCUAGCAUUUAAAGCAGUGCGUUGCUAGCUUCCUGUUCUGCACCAGAGGCGGGCUGGUGGAGAAGGGGGUGUGCCCAGGAAGUGUCCCAGACGGUCACCCAAUCAGGCCUCCAGGCCCCAGAGCUUUCAGUAAUUUGGGGAGCAUUUCUCCCAAGCCCAGGGUGCCAGAGGAGACAGGAGGGGUUGGCCUCUGUGGACCCAGCUCUCAAUCCCCCCAACCCCAUUCUACUCUCUGCUCUUCCUGUCCCCCUUGAGGGACCUCCCUGAGUGUCCUGCCACCAGGCCGCCGGCUUCUCCUGGGCCCCAGACCCUUCUCUACCCACCCCCAGUGGUGGCUCAGCCCCAGGGCCAACACCCCUUCCAACCCCUUUCCGCUAGGCGGAGUGUGGGUUCUUUCCCCAGACGGGCAGGAUUCCUUCUGUAUUCACGCAGGCGUCCUGGGAUCCAUGGGGAUUGGGCUGGGAACGCUCCUCCUAAGGCCAGGCCCAUCCCCCCAGACACACUUGUUAAGUCCCUCUGGGCUCUUGCUUACCCAGGACCCUGCCCGGAAUGCCUUCUGCCCAUCCUCGCCAAGCCCACCUGGGAGAGAUCCUGUCCAGGCCCCAGGGUUGGGGCAAGGCCAGGGUCCAGCACCCGGGAGAGCUGUAGGUACUCCACAGCCCCCAAACCGACUGCCCUACCUGGCUCCAGGUGGAAGCCUGGGGCUGGUGGUGCCCACCUUCUCCCGCACUGUGUGAGCGGUGACGGGAAAGGGUAGGAGAGACCCUCUCCUGGUAUAUUUGACCCAGGAGAAACCUAGGCCCUCAGAAGUGGAGAGAGGCUGCCAAGCUCUUCCCUUCCCCUAGCCUCACGGGCGCUAGGGGCCGGCCCACAGGACAGUGACCGGAUUGUGUCCCAGGCCUGCCUUCCGGGCCCCUGGCACGGUCUGGCUGGAGCAGAGGGGCCGUCCAGGAACCUUGCGCAGGCGGCGCCCCUGCCUUGGGGCCUGGCCCCCAGAGGCUGCCUGGCUCCUUGGGGUUUGAGCUCCUCAAGGCCUGGAGGCUCAGGGCAGACGAAGGCUGCUUUUCCGCAGCUGGGGUGCCUCUUGAUUUAGAUUCCCCGGAGGAAGGACAGUACGUCACCUCUGAUUGGCUGGGUGUGGGCCACGUGUUCAACCUCGCCUUUCCGGGGAGGUGCGGGUGGGACCUUGAUUGCCAGCUUCCCUGAGGUCUCCCGGGGUGGAAGGGUCCCAAUGCCCGCCUGCACUCCCCCACCACGGGUCAGUUCCUGGUCUGACCUUGGGCUCUGAAUGGGGGUCCCCUUGCCACAGGCAUGGAUGGGAGGAGAGAAAUUCAACCGUAGGCAGUGGGACCCUGCAUAUGGGGGACAGGUCAGUCAUCCUGGUGCCCCUUCCCACCACUUCUUCUGCCAGGCACCUCCAGGACAGUGGUCCCACCUCCUGCCCUUGAGGGUCAUGGGAUGCGGGUUGCCCCUCAAAGGCCAGCUUAUGUAAGGCAGUGGGUACCGGCUUUGGAGUUGGGAGACACGGUCCACUUUGGCUGCUGUGACUGUAGGCCCCUCUCAGGGAGAUGGCCCUCAGGCUUCCUGGCUCUCAAGGUGACUGGGAGGUUAAAAGGGUAAGGAUUUGGGGGACUGGAGGCCCUGAUGGAGGCAGGCCCGUAGCCGACUCUUGUUUCUGUGGAUGGAGAUGUUUAGGGUGAGGGGGGCCAGCCCUUCGCCUGAGGGCCCUCAGAUCAAGGGAGAAAAUAGGAAUGCAGCUGCCUGCUCUCGGAGCCCUUGGUGGGAUUGAGGGGUGCCUCUCCCACCCCACAGGCUGAUGAAGGCUGUUGCUGGCACCUGGGCAAGUCUGGGACCAGAGGCGGGGGCAUCCACCCACAGGAAGGGGACCCCCACCCCAGCUGGGCCUGGCUGCAGGGGGCACGGCUGGAGAGAGAAGGAAGGCCAGGCAACACACCCCAGGCAGUGUUAGGUUUCCAGAACCCGAGGAGAUCCAGUUACAGCCCACGAAAGGAGGUCCUAGAAUUAGGAUUUUCAAAUUCAGAAAAUUUGAAACAUGAAAUGAAAAAGAAGGUAGAUCUCAAGCGAUAAAAACAAAGUGUGUCUCGAAGAUCAGAAACACAGAGGUGGAAGUCUCGAGGGGAAAGACAGGCUUGGGGUGUCUUUUCACCCACCUGUGAAUGUUACGGGUCCCAGAGGGAGAAAAAGGUCUGGAGACGAUGAAUAGAUAAUAGAGGAAAUUUUCUCUGAUCAGGAAAAGGCUAGUCUGCGCUGGGGGAGUUCCAGGCUGGGUUCUUUUAAAGAAAAAAGACACACCCUUGGUAUCUCCUGGUGACAUUCCCGAAAUCUACAGAUAAAAUCUCAGUGGCUUCUUCAUAGAAUAAAUAAGUUAUUGAUAAAGGAGAACAGACACGCUGACAACAGAUUUCUCAACUGCACUGGAAACCAGAAGACUCUGGGACGUUGCCGCCCUUAGUGGCCUGGGCCCGGAAUUCUCACCAGAGCACAGGACCGUUUUCCCUAACGGCAUUGAAGAGGCGGAUUUUGCAGAUAAGCAGGAGUUCAGAGGGCAUGUCUCCCACGUGUCACAACUGAGGGCCAUAGUCAAGAAAGGCUCCAACGAUCGGAGUAGAGACCCCGAGAUGGCGGGAGAGGUGAAGAGGAGAUGGGGUAGCCCCGAGUCCCGUGGGGUUUGUAGAUCAGUGGAAGCUGGCAGGGUGGGAACCCCCUUGGGGGUAGGGUGAGGGCAGAGAGAGCCUCCUACUCUCACCCCAUGGCAGGGACGGUUCUCACCCUGUUUCUACAUAAGGGUUAUGAGUGUUCAAAGGCAGAAGUAACUCUUAGCUGAACUUAGAAAUUAGCAAGCAGAAAGGGGAUAAAUAGUAGUUUGCCUGAACCAGCAAAAAUGUGGAAAGGAAAGGAAGUACAUAGAUCAUGCCCAUAAAAUAAGACGGAAUCAUGUCAGAUCUCUUGUCUUGGCAAAAUCUGAGACUGCUGCAGUCCGGAGUAGAAACCAAAACCAGGCUGUAGAUUGUGGAACAACUAAAACAAAGCAGUAAGACAAGGUUGAAAAUUAGGAACUGGACAAAACUAUACCAGACACACGUGACCAAAAACAAAGCAGGAUUGGCAAAGCUAAUAUCAAACAAAGUGGAUUUUAAGUCCGAAGCAUUAAGAUGAAGAGGACAUUAUACAAGGAUUAAAAAUACAAUUUAUGGGGGAAUUCCCUGGCGGUCCAGCGGUUAAGACUCCACGCUUCCGGUGCAGGGAGCACGGGUUCAAUCCCUGGUCGGGGAACUAAGAUCCCACAUGCUGUGCGGUGCGGCCAAAAAGUAAUAAUAAUAAUAGUAAUAAAUAAAUUUUUUAAAAUUCAAUUUAUGAAGAAGCGUAGUAAUUCCCGUUGACUCUGGGCAUCCACAAACAUGCUAACCAGCUCUGACAGGGAGCUAGCUCUGAGUGAUUAAGGAGGGCGGCUCCAGGGCCAGAAGGUUUGGGUCCAGAUCUCCGCUCCACCGCUUACCUAGCUGUGUGGCAUGGACAUAUUACUUUUCUAUGCCUCAGUUUCCUCAUCUGUAAAAUGGGCUAAUGGUCCUUCCUUUACGUACAUAAGAAAGAGAGUUGGUACACGGACAAAACUAAGAACGGUAACCAGAAGGUAGAAACGUUACUGUUUGUUACUCAACAAAUGUUAGCCUGUUUAAUUGCUAUAUUUAAUUAUACAUUUAAAUAUAGCCAAAAAAAAAGAACUGUAAGAUGUACACACAUGAAAUUCUAGGGAGGAAAGCAUGGGAGUCAGUGCAGCAGUUACCCGACCUCACUGAGCCUCACUUCUUCCAUGAAGCAGAGUAACAAGACUGCCUGAUUCACAGGGAUGUUUGUAACCCACGCAGCACGCAGGACUCUGACAGGUGUGGCAGGUGUGCUGGUGGGACACCCGUUUGACACGGUCAAGGUGCGGCUCCAGGUCCAGAGCAUGGAGAAGCCCCAGUACCAAGGGACCGUGCACUGCUUCCAAGCCAUCAUCAAGCAGGAAGGCGUGCUGGGCCUGUACCGCGGCCUGGGCUCGCCCCUCCUGGGGCUCACCUUCAUCAACGCGCUGGUGUUCGGCGUGCAGGGCAACACCCUCCGGGCCCUGGGCCGGGACUCGCCGCUGAACCAGUUCCUGGCGGGCGCGGCGGCGGGCGCCAUCCAGUGUGUCAUCUGCUGCCCCAUGGAGCUGGCCAAGACGCGGCUGCAGCUGCAGGAGGCGGGGCCGGCCCGCACCUACCGCGGGCCCCUGGACUGCCUGGCGCAGGUCUACCGGCGGGAGGGCCUGCGCGGCGUCAACCGGGGCAUGGUGUCCACGCUGCUGCGCGAGACCCCCAGCUUCGGCGUCUACUUCCUCACCUACGACACGCUGACACGCGCGCUGGGCUGCGAGCCGGGCGACCGCCUGCUGGUGCCCAAGCUGCUGCUGGCGGGCGGCACGUCGGGCAUCGCGUCCUGGCUCUCCACCUACCCCUUGGACGUGGUCAAGUCGCGGCUGCAGGCUGACGGGCUGCGGGGCGCCCCACGCUACCGGGGCAUCCUUGACUGCGUGCGCCAGAGCUACCGCGCCGAGGGCUGGCGCGUCUUCACGCGCGGGCUGGCCUCCACGCUGCUGCGCGCCUUCCCCGUCAACGCCGCCACCUUCGCCACCGUCACCGUGGUGCUCAGCUACGCGCGCGGCGAGGAGGCCCGGCCCGAGGGCGAUGCCGUGCCCGCCGCCCCGGCGGGGCCCGCCUUAGCCCAGCCCUCCAGCCUGUGACACCCGGGGCCCCCGGCACCCGAGGGCCCGACCUCUCCCGAGGCCGCUUUUCCAAAACGCAGCCUAGACAUAAAUUGGGCCCCCGACGCCGACUGCCCUGCACCGGACUCCCAGACCCCGUGGGCUGUGGACUCCAUCAGACCUGGCUUGAAUUCCACGCCCAAGCUGGGUGACCCUGGCCACAAAUUUGACAUCCUCGGUUUUCUCCUCUGUGAAAUGGGGAUCCUCAUGCCCACGUUGUACAGUCAGGAAGCUCAGAGAUGAUGCCCCUGCGGCGCCCAGCCUGGCACUGUUAACUUGGAGUCUUCUAGAAACACGCCAGCCCUUUCCUGGGAUCCCAGCCACACCACCAUGGGGUCUCUGAUGACCCACCCAUGAGCUUGCCAGCGACUCGGUAACGCUGCAAAUCCUCCACCUGGCGGAGCUCUCGGGACACUUCUUGGCCACCUGUCCAGUCUGUGUUAGGGACAGAGAGGCAGCUCAGGGGCUCCUGGUGUCAUAGAGCUGAAUCCUCUGCUAGUGCACCCCAGCUUCUCCAUGUGGCAAGGCUGGGAAUACCCUUACCCCUGACGCUCCCACUGGAGGGUAAUCUGGGGGACCACUAAGAAGCCAUGAGACCUUCUGGAAGCUCCGUAUUGGCCUAGGGGCCGGGGUGGGGGAGUGGGCACAGGUCAGCGGGAGGGGAGAUCUCAACAGGUAAAUACAGCCAUGGCAAGGAGAAGUCUUUUCACCCUCUGGGCUUUCAGGCUGCCCAUCUGUAAAAUGGGGACGUGUGUCAGCGGAUGUCUGGGGCUCUGGCCCACUACCAACGGCCAGGAACCAAUACCAGGGUUCCCCAGGAAAUGGUGUCUUUCCCAGGCAACCUCAAUGCUUCGUGUCCCUGUGAAUCAUCGCAGGGCCUGUAAGUGGGCACAGGUACCGCCAGUUUGGGCCCUUCCAGGCCGAAGGGCAUCUGAGCCCACGCUCCAGGGGCUGUCACUAGAAGCGGGGCUGUGGUGUGAGCUCAGGGCAGCCCGGGCGCAUCCAGUGCAUCAUGGCCGUGAGAAUGGGCGGGGAGGAGGAUGCUUCUGCACAAGUUGGAGGUGACUGUGGCCUCCUUUGCCCCGAGUGGCGCUCAGCCUCUUGGGCAAAGUGAUAAACCCUCCCAGGAGGCAGGCUGUGCUCAAGGAAGGACAGGACUCCCACCUUGUACACGUGGCAUCAUUGUUGUACAGAAACCACCAAGGGAAUAAAGUGUUCUUUGUUUUUUUAA